AGAAACGCUGCAAACAAAAAAGAAAACGCGCUGCAAACAAAACAGAAAUGCUGCAAACAAAAAAGGAAACACUACAAACAAGUAAUGAAAGCCUGAGGGCGCAUUUCAUAUUCAUGACAAGAGAGGGAAUUGGUUUUCAAAAAUGGCGAAUUUAUAGUAGGAGAGAGCAAACUAGUCCUAAAUUAAAACUGAGAUCAAGAAGUAAAAGUGAUGCAUUAUUGUAGAUUUUGUGGUAUAGAGCUGUCUACAACAAGUGUUUGUGAAAAAUGUGCUUUUGAUAUGGAUGUCAACAAGGCAAUAACAAAUUAUUUUCAUCGAGGAUAUCCUUAUCAAGUUAUUGUCAGCAUCUUAGAUAAGCAAAUGGGCAUUACAAUGUGUGUUAGAACCCUUAAAAGAAGACUUCAAAACCUUGGUUUAAGACGUGAAGGUAAUGUUCAAGGAACAGACGAAGAGCGACUCAAAGCUGUAGUUCAGGAAGAAAUGAAAUGACCUGGAAUGUUAGCUGGUUACAGAACCAUUUGGCAUGCACUGCGAUUACGUCAUGGUAUUCAUGUACCAUGCAGUCUAGUUGCACAAAUUAUGAAACGGAUAGACCCUGCUGGUGUUGAGUUGAGGAAAAAACGACGACUAAGAAGACAUACUUUUUUUUCUCCCGGUCCCAAUGCCUCCUGGCACAUGGAUGUUUUUGUUUUCUUUAUUAAAAGGGUAUGACAAGCUCAAGCCAUAUGGUUUUCCUAUUCAUGGGGCCAUCGGUGGGUUUAGUAGGCGGAUACUAUGGCUUGAUGUUGUCAAGUCGAACAAUAAUCCAAGAGUACCAGGUAAACUGUUGCUAGAAUAUGUCAAAGAAGUGGGGGGUUGCCCUCUGUUACUUGUUUCAGACUGUGGGACAGAAAAUGGUGUUGCAGCAGCUAUGCAAUGCACUUUUCGUUCUGGUAGUCUAGAUGAUCAAGCUGGAGAGAGUUCUCAUAGGUACUGCUCAUCACCAUCUAAUCAACGUAUAGAAGGAUGGUGGUCAUUUUUAAGGCACAAUCGAUCUAGUUGGUGGAUGGAUUUAUUCAAGGAUAUGGUAGAACAUGGAACCUUGCAUCUAGGAAAUAUUCUUCACAUGGAGUGUUUAUGGUUCUGUUUUCCAAAGAUUUUACAAGAUGAUUUGAACAAAGUAAGAGAUCAUUGGAAUAGUCACAGAAUAACAAAGUCAAGGCACAGCACAGUUGAAGGUGUUCCAGAUGUUAUGUAUUACCUGCCAGAGUACUACAGCAUGGAGGAGUGUUUAAAUCCUGUAUCAAUUCAACAAACAAUUGAAAUGGAGCAGCAUUGUGAACUUGUUGAAGAGGAAAGUGAAUAUCAAGAAUAUUUUGAGUUCAUUAUGGAUAUUGAGGGUUUAAAUUACCCAUCCACCGUAGAGUUUUCAAAGAGUUACUGACCUAAAUUGAACAUUUACCUCUUUGCAAAAGCACUAUGAUAAUUUUACAUGUACCGGUAUUAUUGAUUUUGUGGAGUCUUUUCAAAUAAAAGCCAGCUUUUUCUCAUCCA